AUGGUGGCUGCGAUUCCUCAAGCAGCAAUCUCCACCACUGACAUUAGGAAUCCACCUCGAGAUCGGCAAGACAAACCUCAACCCACAGCUAACAAUGGCGGACUACAACGGAAACCUAGACUCAAAAAUGUCCCCUCCCGCUACUUAUCCCCUUCUCCUUCUCACUCUAACACCACCACUACCACAUUAUCCUCGACGACGACGACUUCUUCUUCUUCGUCUGCAAUACUGAAGACAAGUAAGCGAUCUCCUUCCCCUUUGCUCUCUCGCACGGCGAGCUCCGCUUCUAAUUUGAGUAAAACACCUUCUUCGCUACCCAAACGGUCGCAAUCGGUUGACCGUCGUCGGCCGUCGGCAUCUCCUGUCACUGGCACCGCUUUGUCAACGGCCACGAAGAUGCUUAUCAGCUCCACCAGGAGUUUAUCUGUUUCUUUUCAAGGGGAGACGUUUUCGCUUCCGAUUAGCAGGAAGAAGGAGACCACCACGCAGGUUUCCCACCGGAAAUCUACUCCGGAGAGGCGGAGAUCAACGAGGGAGAACUCAAAGCCGGUGGACCAGCAACUCUGGCCAGGCGCUUCCCGGAGGAGCAAUUCCGAAUCUGUGCCGAUUUCGCUUACUAGAAGCGUGGAUUGCGACAGUGAUGAUAGAGGAAAGCUUGGAUCUGGAUAUCUGGGAAGGACAAUGUUGCAGCAUUCUCUGAUUGAUGAGGGUUCUAGGGUUUGUGCUGAUGAGAGACUGAGUUUAGAUUUGGGAGGAGCUGUUGAAAAUUCCGAAAUGAGAGAUGAGAGCAAGACGAGAACAAGCACACAUUCACGUUUGCGUUCUAGCGUUUCGUGUGACUUUGCUGCAUCUGAUACUGACAGUGUUUCAUCUGGUAGCACUAAUGGUGCGCAAGAAUGUGGUUCUGGUGUCAAUGGUGAUAUCUCCAAGCGCAAUAUCAUGGCUUCAGCUAAGUUCUGGCAAGAGACUAAUAGCCGGUUAAGGCGGUGGCAGGAUCCCGGCUCACCACGAUGCUCUAGCCCGACCCCGAGAGCCAGUAGUAUGUCAUCAAAGCUCAGUCGGUCGAAACGGUUCUCUAGUGAUAGUCCAUUGGUAUCGUCUCCUCGUGGUAUGGCUUCUCCAGUAAAGGGUGCUACACGCCCUGCUUCACCAAGUAAGGUUUGGGGAUCAGCUGCAUCAUCUACAGCUAGGGCACUUUCUAGUCCUUGUCGAGUUAGAAAUGGAGUUUCUGAACAGAUGAACGCUUAUAACCGCAGCUUGCCUUCGAUUCUUUGUUUCUCUGCUGAUAUUAGGAGGGGGAAAAUUGGGGAGGAUCGUGUUAUGGAUGCCCACUUGUUGAGGCUUCUGUAUAACCGGUAUCUGCAGUGGCGAUUUGCCAAUGCAAGAGCAGAUUCCGCUUUCAUGGUGCAGAGACUGAGUUCAGAGAGAAACCUGUGGAAUGCAUGGGUAUCAAUCUCGGAAUUGCGCCAUUCUGUCACUCUGGAACGGAUUAGGUUGCUCUUGCUGAGGCAGAAAUUGAAACUAGCUUUCAUCUUGAAGAAGCAGAUGGGCUGUCUAGAAGAAUGGUCUCUUCUGGACAGAGAUCAUUCAAAUUCUUUGUCAGGAGCAACUGAAGCCUUGAAAGCCAGCACGCUUCGUCUUCAAAUUAUUGGAAAAGCUGUGGUUGAUAUUCAAGAUCUCAAGCAUGCUGUUAGUUCAGCUGUUGAUGUCAUGCACGCUAUGGCGUCUUCCAUAUUCUUGUUGACCUCAAAGGUAGAUGAAAUGAAUUCAGUGAUGGCGGAAAUGGUGAAUAUCACAGCAAAAGAAAAGGAUUUGCUCGAACAAUGUCAAGGAUUCUUAUCAAGAGUAGCAGCUUUGCAGGUUACGGAGUGUAGCAUGAAGACGCACAUAAUACAACUAAGCCGGAUACAAACCAACCUGACUUGA